UGCCACCAAUUAAAGCAAACCAAUUCUCCAUAUGUGUACGGUCCACUAUAUCUGUCUCAAGCUCAAGCUCUCUCUCUCUCUCUUUGCCCUACUUUUUCUCUUUCCCAAAUGCUCGAAAAUUCUUUUCUAGCAAAGGCAACUACUUCUACCUCAGAAUCUCUUUCACAAUUUAGUUCUUGAAUCUUCUUUGAAUCCUCUCUGCAUGAGUUCAUUCACUUUCAAUGAUUUAGAAGUUUUUGGAGUCUGUUUGAGAACUGGGGAGCAAAACCGAACCCUUUUCACAUGCUUUAUGGGCUUUUCCAGCUCUUGAUUUCAGAAUUUGGGAUUUUAUUCAUUCAUUUGUGCUAUAAGCCACAGGCUUAAAUGUUAUUCUUCAUUUACUCAUUAAGGUGGCUCUGGUUCUGUCACCUGGCCUACUUGCCUCUUUUUGGCACUCUUCUAUUUAGUAGAUUGGUGGGUUUUGCUUAGUUACUCAGUUUUUAUGAGAUUCUCAGCUAAUUCGAAGAAUUAGUACAAGCAGCUGGUGUUCGGCUAACGACCUGCAGACAAGUAUGAGGAAAAAUGCUAAUUCCCACUCAGGAAGAGUAUUCAGCGAUAGAAAGUGGAUUCUUCCAUUUUUUGCGAGUGUGAUUGUAUCAAUUAUGUUGUUUUUGACAGCCAUUUUUGGGCUAUUUACCUCUCCCUAUCAUGGAGAGCAAUUGCCGCUUGACAAUGUUUCGUUUGCGAGAUCAGAGGACUCAAAUGGGUACUUUGUUGAAUCGGAUUUGGGAAGAUCAUUUGAGACUGAUGGGGUAUUGAAAAUGCAAGCACCUAGAUUUGCAUAUCUUAUUUCAGGGACUAAGGGUGAUAGUCAUAGGAUGAUGAGGACCUUAAGGGCAGUAUAUCAUCCAAGAAACCAGUAUGUUCUACAUUUGGAUCUUGAGGCACCACCUCGCGAAAGGUUGGAAUUGACGAAUUUGGUGAAGUCUGAUCCGACAUUUCAUGAAGUGGAGAAUGUGCGGGUUAUGUCUCAAUCCAAUUUGGUGACUUACAAGGGACCUACGAUGAUUGCUUGUACCCUCCAAGCAAUUGCAAUCUUGUUGAGGGAGAGCCUGCACUGGGAUUGGUUCAUAAACCUCAGUGCUUCAGAUUAUCCUCUUGUGACGCAAGAUGAUCUGCUCUACGUUUUCUCUAACUUGUCUCGAAACUUCAAUUUCAUUGAGCAUAUGCAGAUUACCGGAUGGAAAUUGAACCAAAGGGCAAAACCCAUAAUCAUUGACCCGGGACUCUACUUAUCGAAAAAAUCUGACAUUGCUUGGACCACUCAACGCCGAUCGCUUCCUACAUCAUUCAAAUUGUUUACAGAUAGCAAUGGUACAUGUAUAUCGAGCGUUUGGGUACUAAGAGUACCUCAGGUACUCUCAACACUUUUAACUACUAUUCAUUAUUUUAUUAUUAAUUUUCACAUAUUUUUACUACUAUUCAUUACUUUUUACCUAUGUUUUAUUACUAUUCAUUAUUUUAUUAUUACUUUUUACCUAUUUUUUAUUACUAUUUAUUAUUUUAUUAUUACUUUUUACCUACUUUUUAUUACUAUUCACAACUCUCCUCAACACCUCUCAAGACCCAAACCCUAAUGCCUGAAGGCAUGUGGCUCUUCACACGUUGGCUAUUUCAUGGGAUUUAGCUUCAGAGUAAACAUUAUAUAAAGUGCUAGAAAUCAACCGGUCAAGUUUAUAAUUAUAAAAUUUGAGAAAAUUGCACUUGUUUAUAGGGCAGUAUAUGUACUAUUAGUUGCGUGGCAUAUGGCUGUGAUCUCAGCGCUUGGGAGCUGGUUAGAAUAGGAGGAGGUUCUUCACUGUUUACUACGAGGAAAUCUCCUAAUUAGUUGGUUCCCCUGCACAUCGAUUUCAAUCUAUAUUUUUUGUACGAAAUCUGGCAGUUUGCUGAUUAAAAUUUGGCAUAUUAUCUGGUUUACUUAAUUAAGGGUAAAUUUGAAUGAGAUGGUCUGUGAAAUUAAUCCAUUUUGAGAAC